UGCGCGCAUGCAAUUGGAUCCUUAUAGUGUCAAGGCACAGUGAAAGUGCAUUAAAGCGAACGGCGUUUUCAAAAUAAACACACAAACGAAUUUCACUGGAAUUUUCCCUCCUCGACUUCCUCUGGCUGUGGCAGCGGGCUUGUCGUGGAGCUCAACGGUACCUUCUCCAGCACAGUGUCCUCGUCCUCGUCGUCCGAAUCUGCCGCGGACUGUCGCUGCUUGCGACACACGAGGGCGCCCAUGGCCACGACGACAAGCGCACUCACGGCACCGGCGGCAAUCGCGACGCCCGCCACCUUGGACUUGUCUUGAACGAUGUUGUGGACAACGCCAUGAGCCAUCUGGGACAGACUCGCCAUCGACGACUCGGAGGAAUUCGAAUGCGCCUGGACAUACUUCAACGGCUGCGCGUCGAAGUGGGCUUUUUCAUGCGGCGUUUCGCACAGCCCGGCGCCAGUCUGCGUGUCCACGAUGAGCCAAUUGACGACAACGCCCCACCGAUCCUCCCACCCGCAUGCAGUAAGUUCAAGUCGAGUAGCGGGCUCGGCAGUCGAAUUCCCAUCGGACGUUGUCUGGAACACGAGCGAAAACUUGCCAGCCAACGCAAUCACGUCAUGAAGACGGCAGUCAGCAUGGGCGAUCACGUGGUACGUGCCGUUCCAAAACUCAACGUACGAUGGCUCGACUUUGAACAGUGUGCACACGUCGUCGUUGUUCUUGUAGUGGGCAAAGGCAUCGCUCAGCGCAGACCAGACGUGCGCGGGUGCGGACGGGAGGACUUGCCACCCCUUUGCGAGGGGGGGCUGCGUCGUCGCGACGGUGGCAGCCGUAGGAUGAUGGGACUCCGUGUACUUGGACGGGUCAGUGGUGACCGGUAGUUCCUGCGUUGUAUGAGUGGGGCGCGCGGUUGGAACAAUUGUAGCGGUCGUGGCGGGAGGUGUAGUGGAAGUGGCAGGAGCAUGUGGUUUGCUCCUUUUCGUCUGUUUCGUCGAGCGCGGCUUUUGUGUUGAAGACGUAGCAGGUCGAAUGCUUUCCGGGAUCACGAUUGUGUUGUUUGCACUGGACGAAUUGGAUGCUGUUGAGUUGAUGGAACUAUUUGGAAUCCCUUGUGGGGUUGAUGCGGUGGACUCGAGGACACCAGGAGAUGUCGCGUUCUUGGCUGGACUGGUCAUGUUUGGGUGCGAUGUCACAUUGGCUACCCCAUUCAAGGCUUGUUCAGAAUGUCGCACAUGGGUAGAUGACGGCAAGGGCGACGAGAAAACGACAAUAGCGUCGGAGAUUUCGACAUCGUCGCCUUCGUCUACAUCGUCGUCCUCCUUGUCGUCCUCACUGAAAUAAUAAUCCUCGUCAUCGUCGAGGUCAUCGUCCGGCUCGUUCGGUUCUUCCUCAUCUUGGUCUUCUGGGCACAAGUCAAACUUGCAGUCGAGCAGCUUGUUUCGGUACACUUUCGAGCCAUCGUCACAAACAAGGUGGUCACGCUUGCAAUGCUUCGACUUCUUUGCCACGGACAUACCACGGGCCUCUGCGCUUGGCACGGCCAGCAAGGCCACGACCGUCAGCAGCUUGACCCAGCCCCGCAUGUCCAGGUCGCUGUGGGUCUUGGUGAAAAU